AUGACGAUUCCACUUUGUCCUGAACAGGUUUGGGCACUUCUUGUUUACCUUUCCGUGGCUCCGCCCCCUGUGCCUGCUUCCUGCUCACCUUGGCUGGGCUCAAACAGCAACAGUGUUACCUACGGACCAGAAUUCCCCACGCACUCUCUCUGGAUUACAUUUCUCGGGAGCAGAGCCACAGCCAAUCCCAGGACAGAUUACACCCGUCCAGGUAAAGAUUGCUGCUUAAAGAAAACACUACUUCAGAACAAAUGCCCGCUGGUCAUGGCCUUCGCCCUGUACCCAUCACUUCACCCUGCAGAGAUGAGCUCUCCGGAGGGAAGCGGAGACCCUGAGGAUUCUGUUGAAAUGGCAGCUUCAGCACCGCCCCUUUCACCAUCGGACUUGGGUCUCCUGUCGCCCCCUCCGGACCUGUGCCCCACGUGCGGACACAGCCACAGCCUCGAGGAGAACCACGAGUACUUGUACCAGGAAGAAGUGGACGAUGACCUGGUGUGCCAUAUCUGCCUACAGGCGCUGAUUCGGCCUCUGGACACGCCCUGCGGACACACCUACUGUCAGGAGUGUUUGACCAGUUUUCUAUUGGAGAGUGACUUUUGUCCUGUGUGCCGCGCGUCCCUCAUGUUACAGAGCUGCAGAAAGCCCAGUCUGCUGGUGCACAAGCUGCUGGACAAGCUCACGGUGAUCUGCCCGUUCACCGAGUACUGCACCGAGAUAGUGGCCCGCGGAGACCUUGGGGACCACAUCAAAAACCGAUGUAAAGGCGCAUCUCACUAUGGGCUCUCGGCAGACAGAAAGCGGCGCUCCCAGGACGGCGAAUGUACGGACAGCACAUCGGAACUCACCAUCGCUACAUUGCCGAACGAUGGCCCAGCGGCAGCCGUGGCUUUGCUGUCGGACGAUCCAGGCCUGGUCAAUCCUGCCUUCGACCCAAGCAUGGAGGACAACAGCCAAUCAGGGAGCACCACCAAUUUGGCAGCACGGUCCAGCUCCAAGAAGAUCAGAAACUUUGAGCGUUCGUCAGUGAGAAGCCGUUCCUUCAGGAGACUGAACCGAGCCUUCAGCGUAUUGAGGAGGACCAAGAGCGGCACCGCAGUGAGCAAUGAGACCACCGAGGAGAGGGACAACACCCACAACUCCAGCGUGCCACAAGAUGUGCUGGCUCUUCCCCAGCUCCAUCACCUGAUCCCAGAUGGAGAAGUUACAAGCAUUAAGAUCACCAGAGCAGACUCCGAUCCCCUGGCCAUCAGCAUUGUCGGGGGCAACGAGACCCCCCUGGUCCGCAUCCUCAUCCAGGACAUCUACAGAGAGGGUGUGAUUGCUCGGGACGGGCGCCUGCUGCCGGGGGACAUGAUCCUCAAGGUGAAUGGCAUUGACAUUAGUAAUGUGCCUCACUGCUACGCGGUGGCCAUCCUCAAACAGCCGUGCCAGCUUCUGCGCCUGACCGUGCUGCGGGAACAGAGGCACCGGUACCGCUCUCACAGCCACACGCACGACAUGUCUCCGCCCGGGGCCCAGGCGCUGCUGCAGUACCCCCUGAGGGACGACAGCAUCCACGUGGUCCUCAACAAGAGCAUCCCGGACGAGCAACUGGGCAUUAAGCUGGUGCGGCGGCCAGAGAUGCAUGGGGUCUACAUCUUCCACCUGCUGGAGGGGGGCCUGGCUGCACGCGACGGACAGCUGUGUGUGGGAGACAGGGUUCUGGCCAUAAAUGGACACGACCUGCGCUACGGGGCACCGGAGCAUGCUGCCCUGCUCAUUCAGGCGAGCGAGGAGCGUGUUCACUUUAUCGUGUCCCGUCAGAUCUGCGUACCAACUCCAGAUAUCUUACAAGAGGCUCCCUGGACGAUGGACGGCCCUCCUCCUUAUUCCCCCGUGGACAUCGAGCAAACGUUACUGGACGCCUGUCAGAAGCCAGCUUGUUAUGACAAGACCGUCACCCUGACAAAAGAGCCGUACGACUCCCUGGGAAUGACCGUGGCAGGGGGCAUGUCGAGCCGCGGGUGGGAUCUGCCCAUUUACGUCACCAACGUGGACUCUGACGGAGUGGUGGGACAAGAGGGCUCAAUCCACAAAGGCGACAUACUGCUAAACGUGAACGGUGUGGAGCUGACAGGGGUGACGCGGAGCGAGGCAGUGGCCAAUCUCAAAAAUACAUCCUCCCCGGUGGUGCUCAAGGUCCUCGAAAUGCGUCCGCCAGAAGAAAGCCUGCUGGAGUGUGCCCUUCCCACCUGCCUCACCCCAUCACCCACAGACAGCACCAAAAGCCCGCUGCCCAACGAUGACUACUCCCCCCUCUGGGUGUCAUGGCUGCAGCUUCCCAGGCAUCUCUACUGCUGCAAAGACAUAGUCCUGCGGCGGAGCACUUCGGGCAGCCUGGGCUUCAGUAUCGUCGGCGGUCAGGAGGAGGUCAACUGCAAUCAAUCCUUUUUUAUCCGCUCCAUCGUGGAGGGGACGCCAGCCUACAAUGACGGCAGGAUAAGGUGUGGGGACAUUUUGCUGGAGGUGAAUGGGCAGAGCACAUGGGGCAUGACCCACACAGCAUUGGUGCGUCUUCUAAAGGAGCUCAGAGGCAGAAUCACCCUCACCAUCGUCUCGUGGCCCGGCAGUCUGCUGUAG